GAACCCCCAAGACAAAUCCUUAUUUGCAGUUAUCUGCGAAAUCCUAUAUAUUGAUAUUCUACUGUAAACAAACAAAUUUGUACAAAAACUAACAUCUUUUCCUUAAUAACAUAAAUCCUUUAUCCUUCUUUAUAACUGUUAAUUUCUACUCGUUUUGAUUCUUCCUUUUUUUAGUUCAUUUUUUUGGCUGCUUCUCUUUUCGUUGAUUUCACUUCUUGCGUAAAAUUUGCUAAUUGCUUAUAUUCUGUGUAAAAUGUCUUUCCCUUUUGUCUCUGAUUUUCCCAGAGGUCCUUUAGAACACGAUUGUAUAGAGGAAGAUAUGCCCAUGGGGUCCUCAACACCAACCAAAUUGGAACCGGGAAAUGGCUCCUCAAGAGGUUUCGAUGGCUCUCAUCAAGAACGUCUUCAGGAGGCGCUCUUCGAAUUGAACCAAGAAUCUACGCAUUCGAUUCAUUUAAGCAUAGACGAGUCUAUUUCUGAUAAUAACGAUCUGUUAAAUGAUCAAGGCUUACAGUACCCUGCUUCUUCCUCUUUACCACAAAAACAUGCGACCGCAGAAAGCCCUUCAAAAACAAAAACUCCCAUGAGCACCUGCUUUGAGGAAUGGCUACCAUCGUCAAAAUACAAAUACUCUAGUCCUUUGAAAAGCUCUUCUAGAUUUCCUGCUUCCACAUCACCUACCAGACGAGGUAUUCCUCUCAUGGCAAUUAAUGCAAAUCAAAUAACUCCUAGGAACCAUAAUCUUCAUGGAAAAGCAAAUAACGAAGACUCUUCCUUACCUCGACCUGUAGAGCCAACAUAUAACUCCUUUCAAACUCCUUCUCGCCCUGGAUUGCGAAUAGACUCCUAUUCGCCUUCAAAGAGUAUCAACGAAAAAGAACUAUUGAAAAGGAAAGAUGACAAUCAUUUGAAAAACUUAACAUCAACACCUAUUUCUAUUCAAAGAGAUCCCAUGGGAAGAGAGAAUGCCACACCAGAAACCCGACAAUCAUUUAAUGCCUCUCCCUUUAGAAGUUUCAUGGAUACUACUUUGGAGGAAAGUUUGACGCAUGACGAUGUAACAUGCCCUCAUCUUGUAAGAUUAGAAAAACUUCGGGAAUUACUUUCUUUUGUUCAAUUGGAGUUGCAAUGUUAUGUUGAUCCAUACAAAAAAGAGCUUCGAGAAGCCAAAGAACAGCUAGCCUUGAAAGACCAAGAGCUGGAAAUCUUACGAACCAAGCUAAAAAAUGCUGGUUUAUCUUGAUUCUUAUAAAUAUGUUGUUAUGCGGACUCAGUGGUCGCUGAUAAAUUUUGUACUUUGUUCCCUUACGUUGAUUUUUUAUUCUGUAUUUACUCCUCUUUAAUAUUCUCUAUUAAUCCUGAA